AUGGAGCACACGCACCGCGUCGUGCGCCAUGUCGUCGCUGCGGCGUUCGCGUCCCGCGCGACGCUCAACGCCGACCCCCACCUGUCCGGCGUGAACAAUAACGGCGGGGACAGGAUCAACAAGAAGCUCCAGGCUGUCCUGGGGCUGCUGGUGCGCCAGUUUCCUCAGGCGGGGGAUGUCGUCAAGGAGGAGGUUGCGCGGUGCUCUUCCCGCGGGAAGGGUGGGAAGGUUGUGGUCGGGGUGAAGCGUAGCGCAGAGGAGGAGGGGGAGGACGCGUACCCUGUCAAGAAGGAGCGUCGUGCGUAG